UAUGGAUGGCACACAGGGCAAAGUACAUGGCAGAAAGGGGGAAAGAGGGCCUCAGUUGACUGGACCGAGGGCGGCCGGGCAGCACGCCAGAGUCCUCAUACUGGGCCAUUCCUUCAUUUUCUGGGCGCGCAAGUGGGCGCAGAACGCCAACCCUGGACCCCAGCUUGGUUUGGGACAUUGGGCCACUGUGGAGUGGCUUGGCCGGCGGGGCAUGCGGAGGGCCCAGUUCCUGCCGAUGCUGUGCGAGUUCCUGGAGGGGAAUCCUGUCCCAGAUGUCCUGCUGCUGCAUUUUGGAGGCAACGACCUGGCGGACCAGUCUGGCAUUUCGCUCUCAAGACAGAUUGCCCAGGACCUGGAGGUCGUCCUCUUCUGGUGCCCGGGGCUGGUGGUCAUCUGGUCUGACAUCACUCAGUGGAGAGUCUGGAGGGGGGUGGUGAAGCAGAACAAGGUAGAUAGGGCUAGGCGCGGGGUGAACGUGGCCGUGGCACGCUUCAUCGCCAUGAAAGGGGGUGGGUGCAUUCCACAUGACGACAUUGUGUUCUCGCUCCCCCAGUUAUUCAGGGGUGACGGCGUGCACUUGUCCCCCCUGGGUAUGAGGUAUUUUUUUUAGAUGAUCUGCGGCUGGGGUUGGCAACAGUGCUGUUUGGCCUGUGGGGUGGUGGGGCAUCAAGCUAGGCUGACGCCCGCUGUGGCGUGCACAGUGUGGAGGUGAAUGGCUAAUGCGGUGCGGCACCUUAGGUAAGCUUUAGCUGUAAGGUGGAGGGGAGGAUCCCUUGAGGCUUUACAGAUCAGGGAUGCUGCCUUGCUCCUACCUCUCUGCAACCGACACCCUUCCGUAUGGCUUGACAGCGUCGGACGGGUGAUGUCAAUUGCAGGGUCCUGACCUUAAGUCGGCAACAAAGGGCGCCCCCUUCUGGAAGGUGGGCCGCCUGGAGCCAAGGUGUCUGUGCCAUGAGAUUCUAGGGCAGGGGUGGCCACGCGGUGGGCCCCCCCAUUCGAGUCCGCACUGUUGCUGCUGUGAAUGCC